GGAGGCGCACGCCGGGAGCGGUGCUGCGGCUCAGCUGAUAAUUGAAGGGACCCGAGGAGCCGCCGCCGCCGCCGCCGCUUGGGGGGGGUGGGGGGAGCGAGGAGGAAGUUACUGCCGCGCCACCGAGUCCGGACUGGAGACUUUGGGGCCCAACUAGUGAAUGGUAGUGUCUAGAAAGGGUAUGUCCCUUCAAGAGAGAGGUGCCAAUGUCCAACCGGCCUAAUAACAAUCCAGGGGGGUCACUGCGACGUUCACAGAGGAACACUGCCGGGGCCCAACCACAAGACGACUCGAUAGGAGGAAGGUCACAUUUAGGGCAGGCAAAACAUAAGGGAUAUAGCCCUCCUGAGAGUAGAAAAUCUAAUUCUAAGGCACCCAAAGUGCAGUCUAAUACUACUUCUGAACUGUCAAGGGGACACCUUUCUAAAAGAAGCUGCAGUUCGUCAUCUGCUGUCGUAGUCCCACAACCAGAGGAUCCAGACAGAGCCAAUACUUCAGAAAAGCAGAAAACGGGGCAGGUGCCUAAGAAAGACAAUUCUCGAGGAGUGAAACGCAGUGCUAGUCCAGACUACAACAGGACCAAUUCUCCUAGCUCUGCCAAAAAACCCAAAGCACUUCAGCAUACUGAAUCUCCCUCAGAAACGAGUAAGCCACAUAGUAAGUCAAAGAAGAGACACUUAGACCAGGAGCCACAACUGAAAUCUGCACCAUCUCCAUCCACAAGCAAGGCUCAUACCAGAAAGAGUGGGGCCGCUGCUGGUUCACGGAGUCAGAAAAGAAAGAGGACAGAGAGUUCUUGUAUAAAGAGUGCUUCUGUGUCUGAAGCCACUGGUGCCGAAGAGAGAUCUGCAAAACCUACCAAGCUGGCUUCAAAAUCGGCCGCCUCAGCCAAAGCUGGGUGUAGCACCAUCACCGACUCGUCGUCCGCUGCCUCGACCUCCUCCUCGUCCUCUGCCGUCGCCUCGGCCUCCUCUGCUGUUCCACCAGGUGCCAGGGUGAAACAAGGAAAAGACCAGAACAAGGCCAGGCGUUCCCGCUCAGCAUCCAGCCCCAGCCCCAGAAGAAGCAGCAGGGAAAAGGAACCGAGUAAAACUGCUGGCUCUUCAAAGUUCGAUUGGGCUGCUCGCUUCAGCCCUAAAGUCAGCCUUCCUAAAACAAAGCUGUCUCUUCCAGGGUCUUCUAAGUCAGAGACAUCCAAACCUGGACCUUCCGGAUUACAGGCCAAAUUAGCAAGUUUAAGAAAAUCUACCAAGAAGCGCAGCGAAUCCCCGCCUGCCGAGCUCCCCAGUUUGAGGCGGAGCACACGCCAAAAGACCACGGGCUCCUGCGCUAGUGCCAGUCGGCGAGGCUCUGGCCUGGGCAAAAGAGGAGCAGCUGAAGCUCGUCGACAGGAGAAGAUGGCCGACCCUGAAGGCAACCAGGAGACGGUGAACUCUUCAGCUGCACGGACAGAUGAGACUCCCCAGGGAGCGGCAGCCUCUAGUUCUGUUGCAGGGGCUGUGGGCAUGACCACCUCUGGGGAGAGCGAAUCUGAUGACUCCGAGAUGGGACGGUUACAAGCUCUGUUAGAGGCCAGGGGUCUUCCCCCUCACCUGUUUGGUCCUCUUGGUCCUCGGAUGUCACAGCUUUUCCAUAGGACAAUUGGAAGCGGAGCUAGUUCUAAGGCCCAGCAGCUUCUGCAAGGACUACAAGCAAGCGACGAAAGCCAGCAGCUCCAGGCCGUUAUUGAGAUGUGUCAAUUACUGGUCAUGGGGAAUGAGGAGACGUUGGGAGGGUUUCCUGUCAAGAGUGUGGUUCCAGCUUUGAUAACAUUGCUGCAGAUGGAGCAUAAUUUUGAUAUUAUGAACCAUGCCUGUCGAGCCUUAACGUACAUGAUGGAAGCACUUCCUCGAUCAUCGGCUGUGGUAGUAGAUGCAAUUCCUGUCUUUUUAGAAAAGCUGCAAGUUAUUCAGUGUAUUGAUGUGGCCGAGCAGGCCUUGACGGCCUUGGAGAUGUUAUCACGUAGACACAGUAAAGCCAUUCUCCAGGCGGGUGGUUUGGCAGACUGCUUGCUAUAUCUAGAGUUCUUCAGCAUAAAUGCCCAAAGAAAUGCACUAGCAAUUGCAGCCAAUUGCUGCCAGAGUAUCACGCCGGAUGAAUUUCAUUUUGUGGCGGAUUCCCUCCCAUUGCUUACCCAAAGGCUAACCCACCAGGACAAAAAGUCAGUAGAAAGCACUUGCCUUUGUUUUGCACGCCUAGUGGACAACUUUCAACAUGAAGAGAAUUUACUCCAGCAGGUUGCUUCCAAAGAUCUGCUAACAAAUGUUCAACAACUAUUGGUAGUAACUCCACCAAUUUUAAGUUCUGGGAUGUUUAUAAUGGUGGUUCGCAUGUUUUCUCUGAUGUGUUCCAAUUGUCCAACUUUAGCAGUUCAACUUAUGAAGCAAAACAUUGCAGAAACACUUCACUUUCUCCUGUGUGGUGCCUCCAAUGGAAGUUGUCAGGAGCAGAUUGAUCUUGUUCCACGAAGUCCUCAAGAACUGUAUGAGCUGACGUCUCUGAUUUGUGAACUUAUGCCAUGUUUACCAAAGGAAGGCAUUUUUGCAGUUGAUACCAUGCUGAAGAAGGGCAAUGCACAGAACACGGAUGGGGCCAUAUGGCAGUGGCGGGACGACCGGGGCCUCUGGCACCCCUAUAACAGGAUAGACAGCCGGAUCAUUGAGGUAGCAGCCCAUCAGGUCGGUGAGGAUGAGAUAAGCUUGUCCACUCUGGGACGAGUUUAUACUAUUGAUUUUAAUUCUAUGCAGCAAAUCAAUGAGGACACGGGAACAGCACGUGCCAUUCAGAGAAAACCUAACCCCUUAGCCAAUACUAACACUAGUGGAUAUUCAGAGUUAAAGAAGGAUGAUGCUCGAGCACAGCUUAUGAAAGAGGAUCCGGAACUGGCUAAGUCUUUUAUUAAGACGUUAUUUGGUGUUCUUUAUGAAGUGUAUAGUUCCUCAGCAGGACCUGCGGUCAGACAUAAGUGCCUUAGAGCAAUUCUUAGGAUAAUUUAUUUCGCGGAUGCCGAACUUCUAAAGGAUGUCCUGAAAAACCAUGCUGUUUCAAGUCAUAUUGCUUCCAUGCUAUCAAGCCAAGACCUGAAGAUAGUAGUUGGAGCCCUUCAAAUGGCGGAGAUCUUAAUGCAGAAGUUACCUGAUAUUUUUAGUGUUUACUUCAGAAGAGAAGGGGUGAUGCAUCAGGUCAAGCACCUAGCAGAGUCCGAGUCAUUGUUGACGAGCCCACCGAAGGCCUGUGCAAAUGGGUCCGGGUCCUUGGGGUCCACGCCGUCGGUCAACAGUGGGACAGCCACGGCCGCCACCAACGCCUCGGCUGACCUGGGGUCCCCCAGCUUGCAGCACAGCAGAGACGAUUCUCUAGACCUGAGCCCUCAAGGUCGAUUAAGUGAUGUUCUAAAGAGAAAACGACUGCCAAAACGAGGAUCAAGAAGGCCAAAGUAUUCACCUCCAAGAGAUGAUGACAAAGUAGACAAUCAAGCUAAAAGCCCCACCACUACUCAGUCACCUAAGUCUUCUUUCCUGGCAAGCUUGAAUCCAAAAACGUGGGGAAGGUUAAGCGCACAGUCUAAUAGCAACAACAUUGAGCCAGCACGAACUGCAGGAGUUAGUGGUCUUGCCAGGGCCGCCUCAAAGGACACCAUCUCCAAUAAUAGAGAAAAAAUUAAAGGUUGGAUUAAAGAGCAGGCACAUAAAUUUGUAGAGCGUUACUUCAGUUCUGAGAACAUGGAUGGAAGCAACCCCGCACUGAAUGUCCUUCAGAGACUUUGUGCUGCAACCGAACAACUCAACCUCCAGGUGGAUGGUGGAGCUGAGUGCCUUGUAGAAAUCCGUAGCAUAGUCUCAGAGUCUGAUGUUUCAUCGUUUGAAAUCCAACACAGUGGAUUUGUGAAGCAGCUGUUGCUUUAUUUGACAUCUAAAAGUGAAAAGGACGCUGUGAGCAGAGAGAUCAGAUUAAAGAGAUUCCUUCAUGUAUUUUUUUCUUCUCCACUUCCUGGAGAAGAGCCCAUUGAACGAGUAGAACCAGUGGGUAAUGCACCUUUGUUGGCAUUAGUUCACAAAAUGAACAACUGCCUCAGCCAGAUGGAACAAUUUCCAGUCAAAGUGCAUGACUUUCCCAGUGGAAAUGGGACAGGAGGCAGCUUCUCUCUCAACAGAGGAUCACAGGCUUUAAAAUUUUUCAACACACAUCAGUUAAAAUGCCAGUUACAAAGGCAUCCAGACUGUGCAAAUGUGAAGCAGUGGAAGGGUGGACCUGUCAAGAUUGACCCCCUGGCUUUGGUGCAGGCUAUUGAGAGAUACCUUGUAGUUAGAGGGUAUGGAAGAGUAAGAGAAGACGAUGAAGACAGUGAUGACGAUGGCUCUGAUGAGGAAAUAGACGAAUCUCUGGCUGCUCAGUUCUUAAAUUCCGGAAAUGUGAGACACAGGCUGCAGUUUUACAUUGGAGAGCAUUUGCUACCGUAUAACAUGACUGUGUAUCAGGCUGUACGGCAGUUCAGCAUACAGGCUGAAGAUGAACGGGAGUCCACCGAUGACGAGAGCAAUCCUCUAGGAAGAGCCGGUAUUUGGACGAAAACUCAUACGAUAUGGUACAAACCUGUGCGAGAGGACGAAGAAAGUAAUAAAGAUUGUGUUGGUGGUAAAAGAGGAAGAGCCCAGACAGCUCCAACAAAAACUUCUCCUAGAAAUGCAAAAAAGCAUGAUGAGCUGUGGAAUGAUGGAGUGUGCCCGUCGGUAUCAAAUCCUUUAGAAGUUUACCUCAUACCCACAGCACCCGAAAAUAUAACUUUUGAAGACCCGUCAUUAGAUGUGAUUCUUCUUUUAAGAGUUUUACACGCCGUCAGUAGAUACUGGUAUUACUUGUAUGAUAAUGCAAUGUGCAAGGAGAUUAUCCCAACUAGUGAAUUUAUUAACAGUAAGUUGACAGCAAAAGCAAAUAGGCAGCUUCAAGAUCCUUUAGUAAUCAUGACAGGAAACAUCCCAACAUGGCUCACUGAACUAGGAAAAACCUGCCCAUUUUUCUUCCCUUUUGAUACCCGGCAAAUGCUUUUCUAUGUAACUGCGUUUGAUCGGGACCGAGCAAUGCAGAGAUUACUUGAUACCAACCCAGAGAUCAACCAGUCUGAUUCUCAAGAUAGCAGAGUUGCACCUAGAUUGGAUAGAAAAAAACGUACUGUGAACAGAGAGGAGCUGCUGAAACAAGCGGAGUCUGUAAUGCAGGAUCUUGGCAGCUCACGGGCCAUGUUAGAAAUCCAGUAUGAAAAUGAGGUUGGCACAGGUCUUGGGCCUACACUGGAGUUUUAUGCACUUGUAUCUCAGGAACUGCAGAGAGCUGACUUGGGUCUCUGGAGAGGGGAGGAAGUAACUCUUAGCAAUCCAAAAGGAAGCCAAGAAGGGACCAAGUAUAUUCAAAACCUCCAAGGCCUGUUUGCGCUUCCCUUUGGUAGGACAGCUAAGCCAGCUCAUAUCGCAAAGGUUAAGAUGAAGUUUCGCUUCUUAGGAAAACUAAUGGCCAAGGCUAUCAUGGAUUUCAGAUUGGUGGACCUUCCCCUGGGCUUACCUUUUUAUAAAUGGAUGCUCCGGCAAGAAACUUCACUGACAUCACACGAUUUGUUUGACAUUGACCCAGUUGUAGCCAGGUCAGUGUAUCACCUUGAAGACAUCGUCCGACAGAAGAAAAGACUUGAACAAGAUAAAUCCCAGACCAAAGAGAGUCUCCAGUAUGCAUUAGAAACCCUGACUAUGAAUGGCUGCUCCGUGGAGGAUCUGGGAUUGGAUUUCACUCUGCCAGGGUUUCCUAACAUUGAACUAAAGAAAGGAGGAAAGGAUAUACCGGUCACCAUCCACAAUUUGGAGGAGUAUUUAAGACUGGUUAUAUUUUGGGCACUAAACGAAGGUGUUUCCAGGCAAUUUGAUUCAUUUAGAGAUGGAUUUGAAUCAGUCUUCCCACUCAGUCAUCUCCAGUACUUCUACCCAGAAGAACUGGAUCAGCUUCUGUGUGGUAGUAAAGCAGACACCUGGGAUGCAAAGACACUGAUGGAAUGCUGCAGGCCAGAUCACGGUUACACUCAUGACAGUCGGGCUGUGAAGUUCUUGUUUGAGAUUCUCAGUAGUUUUGAUAAUGAACAGCAGAGGUUAUUUCUCCAGUUUGUGACAGGUAGCCCACGAUUGCCUGUUGGAGGCUUCCGGAGCUUGAAUCCACCUUUGACCAUUGUCCGGAAGACCUUCGAAUCAACAGAGAACCCAGAUGACUUCCUACCCUCUGUCAUGACCUGUGUGAACUAUCUUAAGUUGCCGGACUAUUCAAGCCUCGAGAUAAUGCGGGAAAAGCUGUUGAUGGCCGCGAGAGAAGGGCAGCAGUCGUUCCAUCUUUCCUGAUCACAUCAGGAAGCGCGGUGUCUGCCUGUUACAGCAAAAGACAGAAAUCAUGAUUUCUUUUCUAAAUGUGUCACCUGAGUCAAGGAAACAUGUUACGCCUUCUCGUUGUAGGAAAAUGGCUUGCAGAAUAUAAAAGAGACACUUGGUUCCUCUUCAUUAAUGGCCCCAUGGACUUAAAGUGAUCAGGCCCUAAAACGUUGUUGUGAUGAGGUUUCUUUAGCAAGUUCUUGUUUAAAUUAUCAUUUAUUUGACGAGUGAAGUUUUUAACUUGCUUUGCUGUGUGAAAUUUAAAAAGGGAUGUUUUUCCAGGCUGAAACAAUAAAUGUCGCUGUGCAGUUUAA